AUGCAAGUGCCGGUUCUCGGCUGCACUUUCCUCACGCUGUCAGAUCGUGAGGAAAGUACUGCCGAGAACCGGCAGUUGUCAGAGCGGGGAUCGGCACCGAUCGGCACCGGCUCCUGCGCGUCCCAGGGGGCGCGCACCGGCGAUCUCCGUGAUCGCUGUGUCCUACAGACACAGCUGAUCACGUGUGAUGAUCAGUGCCCUGAUGAUCGGUGCCCAGCAGUGCCACCCGCAAGUUCCGCCCACCUGUGCCCAGCAGUGCGCCCACUGGCUCCGCCCACCUGUGCCCAGCAGAUCACCCACCUGUGCCCAGCAGUG